UCCUGCCAAAUGGCUAAAUGGGAUAAAGGCUACGUAUGGAUGACAGAGAGGCUAAUCCCCUCUAUACCACCAGGACCAGCCUCCGGAGCCUUCAGCCUCUCUUCAAAUUAAAUCAAUCCUGACAGCUCUGCCUCCCUAAGUCCUCUCCCAGCUCACCUAAACCCAGUUCCAGAACGAUGCUUCACUACUGAGGGGCAACAAGGCUGAGUCCAUCCUGAACUAUGUGAGAGCUGAGUUCAAUGGCAUCGUCCUGGGAGAUUCCCAGAAACUGGAUGCUGCUGUGGAUCAGGGCGUGGAUUACAACUUCACCUGCAGCUUUGAGUGCUCAGAUGCUGCCCACACAUUAGAUGACAUGGCACACAAACCUGUCAUAUUGACAGUGAUUGAGGUCCUUCCCAAGGAGAAGAAGCAGAAGGAGGAGAAGACUGCAGUUAUAGGGCAAGCUAUAGUGGACUUGCUACCUCUCUUGCAUGGUCAGGUCAGCUUCUUCUCCACUGUGCUACUUCAUCCAACUCCUGGUUCACCUGCGGAGGCAGCCUCACAGGAGGGCAGCUGUAAACCAACUCUAGACGUGACCGUCUGUGUUCCCGAGCCUCUGCUAUCCGGCGUCCAGCUGUCUGACUCCAACCUGCUGAAGGUUACUGUGGAGACAGCUUACUCUGUUCCGGAGGUGUGGAACCCUGUGUCUGGGUCUGGUCCUCUCUCCAGCUAUGUGGCUGCCCUGCAGGUUCCCCUCACUGCAGAGAAAGAGCAGGUGCUGAUGUUCUCCAAUGGGCUGCUGAAGGUGGGCGGGGAGAGUGAACCCAUGGGAAGACCCAGGAAGUGGCCCCUGGGUCCCCUGUUGGCUCCUGGAGCUCAGUUCAUACCUGGUGUCUCCAUGGACGGAGAGCCCAUUGAGAUGGAGGAUGGGGAUCUCACCAGCAUAGAGGACAGGGAUUUCCGGAAAGAAGCGGAGACCAAUAAGAAGAGAGUGAGCUGGGACACAGAGCGUCGUUGCUUUCUGGAUGCAGAUGGUGCAGCCUGUCUGACCCGUAGGAUAGCAGAAAGCAGACUGUGGCCAGUAGAGGUCAUGAGGUCACCACAGGUUGGAGCCACUAAAGGAGGGAAGGCUGGCAAAGACAAGGGAGGUGAGGAUGAGACCCAACUCUCCUUCCAUGGAGUGGCAUACGUGGACAUGGCGCCCCUGUUGUACCCCGGGGCGAGGCGUGUCCGUGGAGCGUACCGGCUCUACCCCUUCUACGACUCUGACCUACUGGUCAAGGCUAAGAGAAACAUCAGUGUUCUGAGAGAGAGUAUCAGGGCUCCGGCCACCCAGGGCCGAGGUAGGGCCCCCUCCUCCGUAGGCUCCUGCAAGGCGGUCCCUAGUAAGAUGUUUGACGGCGGUCACAAGGGCGGGAAGGACACCAAGGAAUCGCCCAAACGGCCCGGGACACAGGGGAAGUCAGCACCCAUUGGCACUGAUAGUGUGACACUGGUUGAAACUGAACAGCAGCAACAAGUGAACACAGAGGGUCAGAUGUAUGCAGAUUCCAGAACCUACAUCAUCAUUGAAAUCGCUCUUGAGAAGUCGCUGGUGCCAAAGAGAUCACGGGAAGAGUUAGCCAAAAGGGUGAUGGAGCUGAUACCUCCUAGAGCUCCUUUGCCUCGCAGACCUGCUGGAGCAGAGAGAGCUGUGCAGGAGUACCAGGCCCAGAUAGCCAGUGUGGCAGGCCAGGUGUUGGAGCAGUACCAGCAGCUGUUCGGGCCUGCCUUCCUGCCCGGAGAGAAGCCUCUGGACCCAACCAGCCAGGAGCAGCGCAAGACCAAGCUCCUGGGAGAACUCAACUAUUCUGGGAAGUACUUUGCUUUCAAGGAGCAGAUUAAGUACUCUGUGGUGCGUAUCGUGAGGGAGAAGAUGCUGCGGACCGAGGCCUUCUCAGAUCCUGAGCAGCUGCAGGCCUUCCUCAGCCAGCUCUAUGUGUUCCUGGUGGACGAGAUGCACGUCGCCCUCAACAAGACGUUGUCAGUGGAUGCCCAGGAGACUCAGCCUCGCCCCCUGGUGGACUGUGCCCAGCUCAUCCACUUUGCCAAGGAGGCCCAGCUCAACGGGGACUACCAGCUAGCUGCCGAGUACUACCAGGAGCAGCUGACUCGUGACCGUAGCGACCCAGCCCACUGGUUUGACUACGGGGUGUUGUACAUGCUGACGGCUGACUACCAGAAGGCUGAGGAGUGCUUCCACUACGCUGUGUCCAUGAAGCAAACACACCUGCCCAGUUUGCUUAUGUGUGGCAUCCUAGCAGAGAUGGGUGGACGCCUUGAGGAGGCAGAGACAUUCUUUGAAGGAGCCACGUGUGUGGACCCGGCCAAUGUGGUGGCCUGGACUCUGUUUGGCCUGUUCUAUGAGGGCCAGGAGAACUCCAUCCAGACAGAGAUGGCCUUCCUGGAGGCCACCAAGCAGCAGAGGGCAGCCCUGGUGGUCACCCCACCCUGCAGGGUGGAGACAAGGGUGGAGUCACCAGACCUGGGGGAGGAGGAGCAGGAGGUGGCGAACUGUGAGUCUUUCACCAUCGAGCCAGACGUGGAUGGAGACACAGAAACCAGUGUGGUGACCGGGUCUCAGAGCUGCCAGGGCAACAAGCCUGGGGAGGGAUACAAGGGAGGUGCUGAGGCUGAACCUAGUGCCAUGCGACACCUAGCAACCCCCACCAGACUAAACUCCACCAUCUAUAUGGAGACAGUGCAGUUCCUGCUGCAGAACAACGCACUACAGAUGGCCCAGAGAGCGCUGGCCCAGGAGCUCUUGUGUCCAGGAGGGGGUCUGAGCAGCUCCUACCACCUGGCCCUGGCCCGCCUGCAGCUGCUCAGGGCAGAGUACGGCAGCGCCGAGUCCAGCCUGAAGGAGGCGCUCAACGACAGCUUUCAGGACCCAGAUGUAUGGGCGUUGUUUGGGCACAUACACCAUCUGACUGGAGAGUUUGGGAAGGCCCAGGAGUGUUACGAGAGGACCCUGGACUUUGUGACAGAUGCCACAGACACACACCCCAUCUACCUGCGACUGGGAUCCAUCUACCUGCAGGAAGGGGAGUUUCAGAGGGCGAAAACGACUUACCUGCGCGCCUGCAAGAGCUCCCCCUCCUGCCUCACCUGGCUGGGACUAGGGAUCGCCUGUUACCGGCUAGGGGAGCUGACUGAAGCAGAGGAUGCACUGACAGAGGCCAACAUCCUGAACAACGGGAACGCGGAGGUGUGGGGUUACCUGUCUCUAGUUUGUUUGCAGACGGGCAGAAGACUUGAGGCAGAGCAGUCCUACAAAUAUGCCCUGAAGUUGAACCUUCAGAAAGAGGCAGUUAUUCGUGAGAUCAAGGCACUCCAAGAUCAUGUUGGCUUUGGAAAUCCAUGUUUCUGAAGAACAACUGCCGGCACCAUCAAUGAUUUAGGUUAAAAAACAAAGAUGAAUUGUAAUUCUGGUUGGUAAAUACCUAAUGGUUGGCAUCGCAAAGUGACUGUGAAUUGUGGAAGGAAUUACACAUCAAUGACUUGUACACUUGUCUGCAUCUUCAGCUGUAUCUGAUUAAAAGUUGUUACUUUUGCAUAAUGUAGGAUAUAAUAUUGUGACACAACAAAGAUGUGCAGAUCCAGAGAGAGUAUCUGUCCAGAGGUGGAAGAAGUAGUCAUUUGUCAUACUUGUAGGAUAUAAUAUUGUGACACAACAAGGAUGUGCAGAUCCAGAGAGAGUGUAUGUCCAGAGGUGGAAGAAGUAGUCAUUUGUCAUACUUGUAGGAUAUAUUAUUGUGACACAACAAGGAUGUGCAGAUCCAGAGAGAGUGUCUGUCCAGAGGAGGAAGAAGUAGUCAUUUGUCAUACUUGUAGGAUAUAUUAUUGUGACACAACAAGGAUGUGCAGAUCCAGAGAGAGUGUCUGUCCAGAGGAGGAAGAAGUAGUCAUUUGUCAUACUUGUAGGAUAUAUUAUUGUGACACAACAAGGAUGUGCAGAUCCAGAGAGAGUAUCUGUCCAGAGGUGGAAGAAGUAGUCAUUUGUCAUACUUGUAGGAUAUAAUAUUGUGACACAACAAGGAUGUGCAGAUCCAGAGAGAGUAUCUGUCCAGAGGUGGAAGAAGUAGUCAUUUGUCAUACUUGAAUUAAAGUAAAGAAACCUUGAUGAUAAUGACUAAAGUGAAAGUCACCCAGUAAAAUAUUGCUUUAGUAAAAGUCUACAAGUAUCUGGUUUUAAAUGUACUUAAGUAUCAAAAGUUUAAGUAAAUGCUAUAAAUCUUAAUUCCGUAUAUUAAGCAAACCAGAUGGCACAAUUCUUAGGACAACCAGGGGCACAUCAAGAAUCAGACCCCAUUCGCGCACAAUCACAAUAAUGUACAGUUGAGUAAUGUACAGUUUAUAAGCUACUUCCUUCUGCAUACAAGUGCAGAAGGAAAGUGUUCAGACCCUUUCACCUUUUCCACAUUUUGUUACGUUACAGCCUUAUUCUAAAAUUAAUUAAAUGA